CAGGCUGAAACAAAUACAUUGGGUGUGCAUUGUGAGGGCCAGAGCACCAAAAGAAGCAGCACAAUGGAACAUCAGAUAAAUGCCACAUUAAUGACAACAACAGAAAACUAUGAAGAUUACACAGACACGACCUUUGACUAUGACAAUUAUGAGGAACUCUGUGUGAAGCAUGACAUUAGAAGGUUUGCUGAGAUUUUUCUCCCAGUAUUCUACUCUGUGACAUUUGUGGUUGGUGUAGCAGGCAAUUCUUUAGUGGUUGCCAUAUAUGCAUACUAUAAAAAGAUGAAGACUAAGACUGAUGUAUACCUGCUGAAUCUGGCAGUGGCAGAUCUGUUGCUGCUCUUCACACUUCCUAUCUGGGCAGUGGAUGCUUCCAUUGGUUGGCAGCUUGGAAAAGAAAUGUGCAAGAUAACCUCAGCUUUGUAUACUAUAAACUUCAGCUCUGGAAUGCAGUUCUUAGCUUGCAUUAGUCUGGACAGAUACUUUGCAGUAACCAGGGCAACAAGCCAACAAAAUUUUAGAAAAAGAUGCUGGGCAAUUUGCCUGUUCGUGUGGACCACUUCCCUACUGUUGAGCAUUCCUGAUAUUUAUUACAAUGAGGUAAAGGAACACAAUGGCAAACACCAAUGUCUUCCCACAUAUCCUAAAGAUGCUAUAAAACAGGUUACCGCCUUAGUUCAGAUCCUUGAAACGGUGUUUUGUUUCAUAAUUCCUGUUCUAAUCAUGUUGUUCUGCUAUUCAGUCAUGGCCAGAAUCCUCAUAAAAACUCCCAACAUAAAAAGAUCACGUUCACUUAAAGUAUUGCUGGCCGUGGUAGGAAUAUUUCUACUUACUCAGCUGCCGUAUAAUAUUGUCAAGUUCUGGAGGGCCAUAGAUAUAAUAUAUGUUUUGAUUACCAGCUGCAAGACCAGUAAGACCAUUGACUUAAUGAUGCAGGUAACAGAAAGCAUGGCCUUAUUUCAUUGCUGUCUCAAUCCCUUACUGUAUGUUUACAUGGGAACCACAUUUAAAUCUUAUGUUACCAAAACGGUAAAAAAAUUGAGCUCAUGGAGGAGACAUAGACCUCAGAGUACUGAAGAGUAUCCCAUGCAUUCUGAAGAUCAUGUAGAAGAAACAAGCAGUUUCUCAAUCUAAUGGGGGCAAUUUGAUUAGCGGCAAUGAUUGCACAGGGCCGGAUUUCCGUUCAUUUCUCUGUAUGGUCCCAAAACUUCAGAAGUUGACUAUUACAGAUUUGGAUAUACUAUAUUAAAACCACAUAAGCGAUCUUUUAAUCUGUUACAAAAAGUAAUAUGCAAUAUAUGUUAAGGCUACUUUGAUAAAAUACCCAUAUAGUUUAUACAUAUAUUUGUAGCUAGAAUGUAAAACACUAACACUGUAUAUACACUGCAUAUGUGCAGGCCUGCUUUAUUUAAGUUAGAGUCCCGUAUAUAAACUUGUCAAGGGUGUCCCCAUAUUACUGUGCACUUGACUUUUCCUAUUUGCAAGGAUCAGUAGUAGGCAAAACUGGCUAAAGUAGUGGUGUGAAUUAUAACUUACGAGAAGUGUUUUUGGGUGCUUGAUCCACCACCAAACCAAAGCCUGUGAGAACUACCAAUUUGCAAAUUAUUAAUAGAAAAAAAGGAACAUUAAGUGAAAAAUGCUUCAAGAUUAAACCAAGUUCAUAAUCCUGAAAACUAUUUGUAAAACUGAAAAUUGAGUACAUUCUUAGAAAAUUCAUCAACAUGUGUGAGUCCUAACACUUAUGAACACAAAGCAACAUAAACGAGCAAUCUAGAAAACAUUAAAAAACAGAUGCUGCAGAAAAUACAGGAGUACUGUAUGUAACUCAAAAAUGGCAAUGCAAAUUAAAACAAAUAAAUAAAAUCUUCCUAACAUACAUAUUGUAACUGUCUAAUACAUAAACAGGAUUUUAAAAAAAUACCACCCACUUUUAUAAAUUGUUAAAAGAAAUUACUAUUUAAUAUAGGUAAUGCAGUCUUAUAAAAUAAGCUUUUAUCACUGACUGUGAUAUUAAGUGGCGAACGCCUUUGGAUAAAACAUAAAAGCAAAAAGGUACCGAAAAUGUACAUAUUCACAUCAAUCUUGCAAUAAAAACAAGGCAAUGACUGAAAGCUAAUCCGUUUAAUUGAAUUACAUAAAUAAACCGAUUUUAUGUUGUUAUUGUUAGUACAAAAUUAUUGGGAUAUGGUCAGGAUCCCGGCAGUCGAAAUACCAACGCUGGAAUGUUGGCGCUGGGUGAGAGGGUUAGCAUACUUACCCAACCCCUGUCGAGAUUCUACCCAUCGGGAUGCCCGAUCAGUAUUAUGACCGCCGGCAUAUCAGCCCCAACCCUGGUUAGCGGAUGUCAUUUAUCAAAAAAUCUUUGUCUACAAACCGUAUUAAGUAAGGCAAGCAGCCAAAUCGUAAUAUUAAAUUAUAUUAGCUUUAAAUUUGUAUUUUACUGUUUAUAGAAGAAUGUUUACAGAAUGUGUAUAGAAUGCUUGUGCUUAUUUAUAUCUCAUGAUGUGUAGUACAGUACUCUUUUCACAGCUUUUGUUUAUCAUGUUAAAUAAACACCUUUUAUACUAUUAGUGAUACUUCCAGAACUUUACAGAUAAAUUAUUCCGAAAGAUAAAGCAUGACACAACAGGGUACCGAGCCGGAGUCUUCAACAGAUAAAGUUGCUGAACUGUAUUGUACACCAUACUGGCUACCAAGUAACAUUCAUAUUGUUAGCUUAUAAAAAUAUAUUAGAACUAUUACAGUUUAAAACAGUAAUCUGCAGCAUAUAAAGAAUAACAAUCUGACAGCACAAUUAGAAGACAGUAGAGUACUGACAAGUUUUACACUCCUGUAAAAGAAACCCAUAUCAAUCUCUUAAAUCUUCUUACAGCUCUCCAUAUGUUAAUUUUUAGAUGAAAAAUGCCGGCAGACAGAAGAAAUUGGCGACGGUGGUCAGCGUUUGAAAGCGUGUGUCCAAUCCGUAGCUUGGCAAUCUACGUGUUUCGCCUGUAUCGAGCAGGCUUUGUCCUGACGAAGCCUGCUCAAUACAGGCGAAACGCGUAGACCACCGUCGCCGAUUUCUUCUGUCUGCCGGCAGACACCCGCUUCUAACUAUCAGCACGAGACAUUAUCAGCGGUCAGAGAUACCACCAGUGGGACUUAUAAAUAGCGGUGAGUGCAUUUUGGAAAUUAUCCUUAUCAGCUACUACUGCCUUAUACUGCCAAAUCCCCUGGCUGGAGAGACUUUGUAUCCGGAAUUUGACACAAGUAACAAACAUUGUUUAAACAUAGUAUCAAACAGAAGUUAAAAUCUUCAAGCAAUUUUGAUGCACCUUUUGAGUAGAGUAAACCGCACAAGCGUUUCUACUAAGUUCCACAGAACCUUUUAUUGCACUUCAAUCUUACCUUAUAUGUUGUCUAGUAUUGUCAUUGUUCAGUGUAUGUAUACCGGUAUUAGGAAAAUACUUACAUUUUAAAUACACCUUUUUUCUUUUUCUCUUUUUUAUUCUUUAUAAAUUAUACACCAUAUAUGAAAUUGUCUUUUUUUUUUUAUAUUCUUUACAGUUAAUUGCAUAUUACAGUCAUAUACUCAUAUAUUGUACUAAGAAAUAAAUAUUUAUAUAUAUUUUAAAUUA